AUGGAGUACAAUCCACGUUUGACGGGAUAUUUUAUCGCCCAGCUGAAUAGAUACGAGUCCGUGGCAAUGAGACACAACACGUUACUACAUGUUCAAAACGAGUGGGGACAUGUGGUCGCUAUCAACCUAUUUGUGAAUGCCCCGGGUGGCUUCGGAGAAAAUGACGUCAUCAUCGAGACCGAAAAUGCCAUAGCUCCGGUGAUUUCUGGAACUGGACUCGAAGACUAUUUUGGUUACACACACGACUUUAAGGGACUCCGGAAUACAAGUUCAAUCUUGAAUGGCAUUCCUUUUUACUUACGCGAUAACCGGAAUAAGAGGACUAUGCACAUGUACCGUCACAUGAUCUUGGAUCCCAUCUUAUUUACGAAAUGUGUUCGUAUCUAUGUCGAAGGAGCAGCUGGUCGUCGAUACCACAGAGUCCUGCGAAAUUUCGAAGAGAGUUCUUUUUCAUUCAAUCAGACCAUUUUCGAUGGCACAAUGGUUAGUGUGGUCAUGUUUUACGGAAGCAAGGAUCCAGGAGGGAUAACAACGGAUAAACUAGAUUACGGGACACCUACAUCCACUGCGGUCCACAACGAACGGUAUACGUCUAAUGAAGUGGAUAUUUUCGAAGUCAAAACGGCGUUUGAGAACCAACCCAAUGUCCCUUUUGUCAGGCAGAUCAUGUCUUUAAAAGUUAGACAGCGCGUUACACACACCUUCAAAAUUCGUAAAACUAACGUGGGUGUUAUUUUACGUAGAGAGUAUCGUUCAUUGGUGCCAAAUCAAAAAGCCAAGGUGGAAGUUGACGGAGAGCAUGCUGGGUUUUGGUUUUGCCCACAGAGAGCUUAUGCGGAUGAUAUUUCAUUGCGUAUCGACGAUUACCAUAUUCAUCCUCGUCUCACGGUCGGUAAAGACACCGUAGUUGUGACUUUUGAAGCAAUUACAGUGUGGGAGAGUAGCUCAAUUGAAGUAAUCAGUGUGAUAUUAUAGAUAUGAUAUUAGAUUAUAAGUGUGGAAUGUAGCGAUUACUGUAACGUUAUACACGGAAAUAAUAUACUACAAUUAUCCACGAGUGUUGCACGUGGUGGUCACAUUGGACCAUUGAUGAACAAUGCACAAUAGCCUAAUUUAAUUAACAUAAGUCAAUUAGUUCACUGUGGUUAGUCAGAGCGUAUCCAUCUAUCAGAGCUUAAGCUUUGCGUCAAACGGCAAACGCCCGGCAAACAAAAAUUUUACGGUGUCGGGCAAUAAAGAGUAAAUGAACUUUCUGUUUUAAAACUGCAAUGCAUGAUUGUUCAGUCGACACAAGAAAAAAAUAUGAAACGAAAACGUUAAACAAAAAUUUUGCCAAGAAAUUUCGAACCUGGCGCUUGCCGCUCCUGCAAUCGUGAAGCUUAAACUCCCUAAUAGCUACGCGCGAGGGCGCACAAUAUCAUAAAAUGUAUAUGUGCAUGAUAAAAGAAACGUUGUUGUUGGUAUUAGUGAUAUCGAUCUUAUUCUGUUGAGCUAUCACCCGAGAGGAGUCGUGUAACAGUAAGAAUAACUUCCUUCAUACAGCCAACAUAGCAACAAAUUAUAUACAUCACAGACACAGCUGAACGCUUAAUAAGAAUGGAACAACUACAAGCUUUAAAUAGAAGCUAAG